CGCGAAGGAGGAAGAUGCGGCGGCCAUGGAGAAUAGAUCGGGGACUCCUCAAACCGUCCUGCUGAUGUGAUUGAUAUUGUUGGAUUGUUUUCGUGCAGCUGACACGUCGCGGCAUGUAGCGGGAGGCGUUUGGAUCUGUAGCCGCCGCUCGCCGCUCGGUUGUGGUGAUUUUUUUUAUUUUGUGUUUUGAAUUUUCUUCUUUUUUUGGGGGGGGGAUUUGUGUUUUGUUGGAUCGGUUGAUGUGAUGUCGGGCCCGUCGCUCUGCCUUGUAGGUGAAGUCACUCCCUAGUAAUGUAGCUUCGGGUUAUAGCACUGAUAGACCAAUCACUGAAGGUGUUGCUGUGUGAACGAUGCACGAGCGAUGUCUGAUGUUGAGGCCACGUAUGCGGACUUCAUUGCCUCUGGCAGGACGGGACGGAGGAACGCCCUGCACGACAUCCUGCAGAGUCCCACCGACCCCGAGGGACGAGAGCUGCCCCUCACCCUGUCCCUGUCCCAGCUGCACAUCAACGCUGGAGGGGGAGAGGGAGACGACACAGAGGACAGCCAGAGCUCCUCCUCCUCAGCGCAGAGGGAGGCUGAGCAGAGGAACAGCUAACCUUCACGUGUGACGUGUGUGUUCUGUGUGAUGAAUCGGUUUUGCUAAAGUGGGCUGGUAGCCGAAGGGUAGCACCGCCACUGCUGAGGUGCCUAUAAGCAGGGCAUUGACACCCAAAAACCACUGUAGCGGCGCUGUGCUGCGAUGUGAUCAUCCGGCGCUCUCAUGUCCCUGUGGCUCUGCUGUGCAAUAGAAUAACAGACUGAUUGCAGGGUGUUUUUUUGGGUUUUUUUUCAGAGCCGGUGUGAGCAGAAGGACAAAUUUGUAGCUCUUGUAAAGUUGAUUUUACUUUCAGUCUUAGUUACUAAACACACAGGUUGGAUGACUGGGAAUGAAAAGAGAAAAUAGACAGAGAUCCUAUGUGAGUUUUGUAGUAGUGUAAGCAAUUUGUGAGACCACUGAGACGUGCUGAUGUAAUGGGUCACAGUGGGAGUCGCAUGUUUGUAGAGGUAGUGAAGCUGAUACAGAUUAUAUUGCCAGUUAAUGGCUUGUGCUUCUUUUAAAGUGACAAUACUAUGGAGGGAAUUGAUCUACUCAGCUGCAGUAGAGCUGGAAAACAACCAUGAACAAAAACACGGCACUGUGUUUGCUGAAAAUCCAGAUGUGUACUGUAUGUGAAACUGGACUAUCCUGUAGAAAGCAGCAGGUUGUAGCACUGGGGAGGUGUGACACCAACAAUACAUGUACAGUCAGUAAGGAUGACAUAUUUAAUGGUUCAGUUGUUAAAAAAAAAAAGAAAAAAAAAGAAAUGAUGGUGUACUACUGUAUCUUUUAAAAUGUUAAUACUUUGUUUUUUACUUUUCUAAUGAUGCCAUUAUAACCACAACUUAAAGCUGAGAAUUAGAUGAGAAAGACUGAUGCCACUCUCAUGUCAGUAUUCUCAAUAUGUAGCUAGAGUUAGCUGAAGGCUAGUUUAGCUUAGCAUAAAGACUGGGAACAAGGGGAAACAGCUAGCCUGGAUAUAUCUGAAGGUAACAAAAACCACCAGCAACUCUAAAGUUAGCUAAUUAGCGUGUUAUAUAUAAUUAUGUAAGAUUUAAUUAAUUCAUACCAAAAACUGAAGUGAAUACGGUGGCCCUGAGAGCUCAAAACAUCAUUCUGCAACUUAAGGAAACACAUGCAGAUAGACAAGACACAAGCAAAUAUAGAAAACACAACAACACAAUUUGAUAACACAUGCUCCGCAAAUACACACAACACAACCAAAUACAGAAACACGCUGCAAGUAGCACAGGUGACAACAACGUGUUUCCAGGGGACACAAAAAAGUGAUGAACCUGAAGCCAUCUUCAGAACUUCAAAGGUCACAAAGCGUGUUAUAAAGUAUGUUUGAUUGAACAGCAAGUGCGUCCCAGACGGGUUCAGCACUUUUUUUGUGUCCCCUGGAAACAUUUCCAUCGGUGUCUGUGCUACUUGCAGCAUGUUUCUAUAAUUUAACCAGUUAGCAAUUAGCCAAUUAACAACUAUUUUGUGGUUGCCAGGUAACCAGUGGAUACUCAAGGAAGUUACCAGUCAUUUUUACACUUCAGUUUUUGAAUAAAUUAAAGAAUUAAUUAAUUAAUGAUUUUUAGAGGUGUAUUAUUAGCCAACAGAUUAGCUAACUGACUUUGUGUUGUUCAUUAAUGUACUUUAGUCUCCUGAUAAAGCAGCACUACUGUUCUCUAGCUACAUAUUCAGCAUACAGAUGUGAGAGUGGUGUCGAUCCUCUCAUCUAAGUCUCAGCUGUAAAGUGCAUUUCCCAAAACGUCAAACUGUUCCUUAAAUGUAGAUAUGCAAAACUCAGUGGAGCUUCCAGUAAGUGUAACAUGUUUGUGUCAAAGUUUCUGUGUCUGACACUGAGGCUGAACUACAUUCCUGCUACUUUGUGUAAUAAUGGAAACAUCCCAUAAUCGACAUCCAUAAAGACCAUCGUGCAUGCAAUUUUUGAAACUGUGUAUUUUGUCAUUUGUUCUCCCUGGUUUUACUGAGUAUAAUCCUACUGUAAGACUGCAGCUUGACUGUGUCUCACUCUUAUUCAGGCUGACAAUAAUAGGCUAAAUAUAGCUCUUCUUUUAUAAUACUCAUUCAGUCAGGUUUUCAAACUGUAAACUGCCAUGUGACUGUGUAGUGACUCACUCCCGCUUCAACUACACUGUGGAAACCCAGCUGUUCAUAAUUCAGCAUGUAGACGUACGGCAGGUGCAUGAUUCUGCUAAACGUGUAGGUGUUUGUCUGACUGUCUAUAACCAUAUUUUCUACUUCUUGUGUCAAACAAAGCAAAAUAAAUGAUGGAUGACAGUAAAAACA